AUGGAUUUCUCACAGAAAGACGGUAAGAAAUCAAAGAAAAGUCAAGAAAAAGCAACAACCCCACAACCGGCGACAACCUCCAAGUUUCAACCCUCACUUCUAAACCCCGUCCAUCCGUCACAAGCACAAUCAGUUAUCAGCCCAAUAACAAAAAACACCUCGAUACCGGCACAAAGGGAAUUCACAGUGGAGGAUGAUGAUGAGUUAGAAAUAGAAAGCCCUGCCAGAGAGCAACCGAAAACUCCGCUGGAGCAGACGCUGCAGGAGCGCCUGUCUCCCCUGUCGGAAGUAUUCACGGGAGAGCAAUUGAAAACACUGUCAGCGGUGAUGGCCGCUUUGUCAGAGCUACCAGCUUCGCAGCAGCCAGGGUCAGUCGGCAGUCUAAGAAAGACCAGGUCGGCGGUUCCCCAGUUACCUGUUAGGGAUCUCCUAACCGCCCUGAAUCAAGAAAACACCCCAGAAAAAAGAAAGCGCUCGGAUCCGGCGGAAACAGAAUGGCCUGAAACAGAGCAAGUCCCCACCGCGGAAUAUGAACGAAGAGCGCCGGUUCUACAGAUAGCUAGACGGCAGACAAUCCAGCCAAAGGAUUCUCCCCUGUGCCGAGAAAUCCUAGAAGAAAGGAUGGAAAGGAUAAAAAUCCCGACAGGAAGAUACGAUGGGACGACAGAUCCGGAGGAUCACUGCACCACAUUCGAACAGCACAUGAUGUUGUACACUGAUUCUGAUGCCAUGUGGUGCAAAGUAUUCCCAUCCACACUCCUAGGAGUGGCAGCGAGCUGGUAUAAGGGCAUAGAGGCACACUCCAUAUACAGUUUCCGACAGCUGCAGGCGUCGUUUUUGUCACGAUUUGUGAGCAAACAGAAGAGAAAGAAAUCAUCGGGAGAGUUGAUGUCGUUCGCUCAAAGAGAUAGAGAGCCGUUAAGGGAUUAUCUCACCCGCUUUAACAACGAGUCAAUCACUAUUCCCAAUUUGCAGCAGGAGGUUGCUGUUCUGGCUCUUAUGAGGGGAAUGCAAGAGUGCGAAUUCAAGAAAUAUCUCAGCCGGAAGUCAUACACCAAUCUGGGUGACGUCCUGCACAAGGCCAACGAGUACAUCAGGGGGGAUGAAAUGAUGAAGAUCUCCAAUGUGGUAGUGGCAACCGGCGGAAAUGUCGGGUACAAUCCAGGCUAUAACCCACAGACGGGAAAAGGAGGAAACAAUUUUCAUCAGAGCAAUAAUCAGCAAGGGGCAGGCCAGAGAAACCAGAAUAACAGAAAUGCCAAUCCACAAGGGCAGAGAAGCCGGCAAGACAGAAGGGAGUCCAGAGGACUCUUUGAUAACUACACUCCGCUGAACACACCGCGGACGGCAAUUUAUAACAUAAACAACAAGAUGGAUGGCUGGAGAAGGCCGCCACCAAUGCAGAGUAGGGAAAGGAAUGUCAAGAAAUUCUGUGACUUCCAUAAUGAGCACGGCCACCUAACAGAGGACUGCAGAGACCUCAAAGACAACAUUGAGGAUAUGGUCAGAAAGGGGUAUUUCUCACAGUAUAGGGCAAGGCAGGGAAAUGGUAACAACAACUCGGUGGGAGGAAACCCUACCAAUUCAUACCGGCCACAACAGCAAAAUCAACAACAAUACCCUAGAAUCGAGCAACCAUAUCAGCCGCCUAGAAUCGAGCAAAAACAGCCGGAAACCAGUGCCAGAGCAGAACAGAGGGAUGGCGGGAAAAAACCACCCGUGUAUGUAAUUUCUGGCGGCCCAGUCCACGGAGGGACAAUAAGCGGCGCUAGUAGAAGCUUGGAGGAACACAGGCACAUGGUAAACUUUCAUAACACAAGAGUGUGGCCUAACCCACCCAGCAUACCAGUGAUGACAUUCUCGGAAUCGGAUUGCAGAGGCAUCAUUUUCCCGCAUGAUGACCCACUAGUUCUUACAAUUGAUAUAGCAAAUGCCGAUGUGAACAGAGUACUGGUAGACGGCGGCAGCUCAGCAAACAUCAUCUUCUGGGAAGCUUUCAAACAAUUGCACAUACCAGAGGACGAACUUCAAAGGGUAAACUACCCAGUAAUCGGUUUCUCAGGAUCUACAGUGUACCCAGAGGGUAGUAUAAGGCUGCCGGUGAAAAUCGGAGAAGGAUCCGAAAUGCGAGAUCUCAUGGUGGAUUUCCUAAUCAUUAAGGUGCCAGCGGCCUACAAUGUGAUCAUCGGUCGCCCAUUCAUACAUGACGUGCAGGCGGUAGUCUCCACCUAUCACUUGACAAUGAUAUAUAUGUCGAACCUGGAAAGGCCGGCAAAGAUAAGGGGAAGUCAGUUGGCGGCAAGGUCCUGUUACUUGACUGCUUUGAGAACACCGGGAAGAAUGGUCCCAGAAGUGAACUUGACUACUGAGCCGGCAAGGCAAGAGAUACACUUGACUACUAAGCCGGCAAGACAAGAACAACUGUCAAAGAGGAAGAGCUGCACAAAAAGGGGUCGAACCGACCUAAACAUGGAACACUUUGAUGAAAGGCCAGUAUCAGCACCAAGACCAAUGCCAGAUGGUUUGACAGAAAAUAUCGAGCUGGAGGCGGGAAAUAUGGAUAGAACAGUCGUGAUCGGUACGGAAAUGGGGAGUGACAUGAAGGUCAACCUCAUAAGCUUGCUGAGAGAGCACGCGGACAUCUUCGCAUUCUCGGCGGAUGAGAUGCCUGGUAUCGAUCCAGAGAUAAUGGUUCACCGAUUAAACGCCGACAGAAAUGUUAGGCCUGUACGGCAGAAAAAACGUAAUUUCUCCACGGAAAAAAUGACAGCAAUACAAGAAGAGGUGGAUAAACUUCUGGCGGCAGGUUUCAUUGAGCCAUGUGACUACCCCGAAUGGUUGGCAAACGUGGUAAUGGUAAAAAAGUCAAGUGGGUCAUGGAGAAUGUGCGUAGAUUUCACCAACCUUAACAGAGCAUGCCCGAAAGAUUUCUACCCCCUGCCACGGAUUGAUAGGCUGGUAGACUCCACUAGCGGUCACGCAAUGCUCAGUUUCCUAGAUGCUUUCUCAGGGUAUCAUCAGGUCAGCCUGCAUAAAUCAGACAGGAAGAAGGCGGCCUUUAUCACAGAUGCAGGAGUUUUCUGUUAUAAGGCGAUGCCGUUCGGGUUGAAAAAUGCAGGGGCAACAUAUCAAAGGCUGGUUGACAAGGUGUUCGCCGACCAAAAAGGCAGAAACGUGGAGGUCUAUGUAGAUGACUCUAUCGUAAAAAGCCGGAAGGAGGAGGAUCAUGUUAGCGACCUCCGAGAAACUUUUGAAACUUUGAGAAAAUACAGGAUGAAAUUAAACCCAAAAAAAUGCGUCUUCGGAGUAAGGUCGGGAAAAUUCCUGGGUUUCUUGGUCAGCGAGCGUGGCAUAGACGCCAACCCUGAAAAAGUAGAAGCAAUCAUCAGUCUGCCGCAACCCAAGAGCGUAAAAGACAUACAGCGGCUGACAGGAAAAAUGGCCGCCUUAAACAGAUUUGUGAGCAAGUCGGCAGAUAAGCAAAUGCCCUUCUUCACAACCCUGAGGCAAAACAAGAAGUUCAAAAGGGGGACGGCAGAGCAAGAGGCCUCCGAAGCUCUAAAAAGUCACUUAAAAAACCUGCCAACAAUAGCAAGGGAAAAAGAAGGCGGCAAAUUACAACUAUACAUAUCGGCGUCGCCAAAGACUGUUGCAGCAGUACUGGUAGCCGAAGCAGAGAACAAAGGGCAGCAGCCGAUAUAUUUUGUGAGCCACGUGCUAAACGGCCCAGAAAUAAGGUACACGUUGGUGGAAAAAAUGGCAUAUGCAGUCCUCAUCGCGGCUAGAAAGUUAAGACCAUACUUUGAUGCGCAUACAAUCGAAGUGCUAACAAACUUUCCUCUCGAAAAAGCCAUCAGCAAGCUAGAUACAUCAGGCCGGUUGCUAAAAUGGGCAAUAGAGUUGUCCGAGUUUGACUUGGAAUUCCGGCCAAGAACUGCAAUCAAAGCCCAGGCAUUGGCGGACUUCAUAGUUGAAGCGUCAUACCAAGAAGAUGAAGUACAAGCUGAAGUAUGGGAUGUGUCAGUGGAUGGUUCAGCUGCACAGACAGGCAGUGGGGCUGGAAUAAUCAUGAAAUCGCCAGCAGGAGACAUUUUUGAGUAUGCUAUAAAGUUUACGUUCAACGCGUCAAAUAACGAGGCAGAAUACGAGGCAGCAAUUGCUGGCAUCCAAAUGUGCCUCGCAGCAGAUGCCAAAAGAGUAAUACUGACAACAGACUCCCAGCUGGUAGCAAGUCAAUUCAGCGGAGAAUAUGAGGCCAAAGAACCUUCGAUGGUCAAAUACCUGGAGAAGUUGAGGUCGGUGUCGGCUCAGCUAGAGAAAUUCAGCAUUAAUCUGGUGCCCCGAGCAGAGAACACACUGGCAGACGCCCUAUCAAAGUUAGCAAGUUCAAAUGUCGCCGACUUGAAAAGAACAGUCAUGAUGGAAGUCAUGAAUAAGCGAAGUACGGAGUCGGAGGUAAUACGGGUCAUGGCCAUCACAACUACCUCAGAAUGGUACGAUAAUAUCCAAACAUACAUACAGACUGGAGCGCUACCAGCAGAUUUUGCAGAGGCCAAAAAGACAAGAAGGGACUCGGUUUGGUACAUCAUCCUGUGGGGACGGUUGUACAAAAAGUCAUUUAGCCUGCCAUUCUUAAGGUGCCUAACAGCAUUCGAGUCAGCAAGGCUGAUCGAAGAGAUGCACGAAGGAACAUGUGGGAACCAUGCCGGUGGAAAACCCCUUGCCAUCAUCUGUCAAAGGCAAGGCUAUUACUGGCCAACAAUGUUAGAAGAUUGUCGAGCUUAUGUAAAAAAGUGCGAGAAAUGUCAAAAGUUUUCAGCUGUGAUAAACUUGCCGGCCAAUGAUUUGAUGCCCAUUCUGAACCCAAUCCCAUUCGCACAAUGGGGAAUGGAUAUUGUUGGACCAUUCCCAAUGGCGGCUGGAGGGCGCAAGUUCUUAAUAGUAGCAGUGGACUACUUCACCAAGUGGAUAGAAGCAGAGCCGGUAGCAAAAAUAACGGCAAACCAGGUGAAAAAAUUCAUAUGGAAAAAUAUAAUAACAAGAUUCGGGCUGCCGCAGGCAAUAGUUUUUGACCAUGGAGCACAGUUUGAUUGUGCACCCAUACAAUGCUUCCUGGGAUUAUACAGAGUAAAGUUAGCUCACUCGUCAGUAUGUCACCCACAGAGCAAUGGGCAAGCAGAGGCGGCGAAUAAGCAAAUCCUGGCUGCACUGAAAAAGAAGCUAGAAGACUGUAAAGGCAAAUGGGCAGAUCUUAUGCCAGAGAUUCUGUGGUGCAACAGAACUGCUAUCAAGGAGGCUACCGGCGAGAGUCCGUUCAAAUUAAGCUUCGGGUCUGAGGCUGUUAUACCGGCAGAAAUGGCUCUGCCAACCAUGCGAAUCCAGCAUUACGAUGAGGAGAGAAACGAUCAGCUGCUGCGACAUCAGUUGGAUUUCAUGCCAGAAAUCCGCAUGAAAGCAGAAGUAAGUUCGGCAGCAUACAAAAGCAGAAUGAGCAGAGCAUACAACAAGAAAGUGAAGCAUCGGCCUCUAGGAGUAGGAGACCUGGUACUGCGGAGAACGGCGGCAACAGGAAAAGGAAAUGCUCAAGGAAAGCUGACAGCCAAUUGGGAAGGACCAUACCAGAUAUGGGAGGAAAUAGUUCCUGGAUCAUACCGGUUAAUGCAAAUGGAUGGUACCACGCUCAAAAACUCCUGGAACGCCAGUACUCUGAGAAAGUACUAUGUUUGA